GUAUCAUCUGAAGGGUAAGGAUGAUUUACCUAUUAUAGAAAUUGAUAGCAAGAUCAAAAGAGCAUCCAUUGAGAUUAAGACAAUGGCCACAAUGAACAAUGAAGCAUGGCAACGGAAAUUCUCUCAAGUACUUGGGCCUCUUGAUUUCUUGACAAGUUCUUUGUCACAAGUGUAUGAAGUGGAGGCAGGAUAUUGUAUUAUACACAAUGAUGAUUUGACAAUACAAUGUGCAGGUCCAUACUGGUCUGCAUCAACAGAGUUGACAAAAGUUCUGUUACACAUUUUCAACGAAAUUGAAAAGAAACUUAUUGCUGAGCCAAUUGACAUGGUUCUCACUGUUUCCGAACAUGACGAUGAUAAUGAUGAAGGUAGUAAUGAAGGGAAGGAAGGGGAUUAUAGGGAUGAGAAUGAUUUAUCAAAUAUACAGCAGGAUGCGAUGGAUAUGGAUAAUCAAAGCCAACAACAAAACCGGCAUUCUGACAGUCAAGGAAAUUAUCAAUUUCCCAACUAUACUACUAAUAACUUCAAAUCUAAUGACAAAUGUUAUGAUAAAGAUUUCAACAAGUCACUGAAGAGUCUUCCUGAUUAUUCGUCCUGGUUAGAUAGGAUUAUUCUGCUAAUAGAUACUUAA